AUGGCACUGUUGCAAGGAAAAGUCAUCGCCAUCACCGGCGCCGCCUCCGGCAUUGGGCGCGCAUUGUCCAGAGUAUGCGCAUCUCGUGGCGCCAAACUGUCCCUUUCGGACAUACAACAGGGGCCGCUCGAAGACGUUGUAUCGGAGCUCCAAGCGCAACAUGUCGAGGUCAUUGGGACCAAAGUCGAUGUCGCAUCCAACAAGUCCGUUGACGACUGGAUCCAGGCCACGGUGGACCAUUUCGGCCAGCUCGACGGCGCCGCCAACGUGGCCGCCGUGGAUGCGGCAGUGCACAAGACGGGGGUGCCAGACGAUUUUGCCCAGAUCAAGAACGAGGACUGGGACUUCAUCAUGUCGGUCAACCUGACGGGGCUGAUGUACUGCCUUCGCGCCGAGCUGCGCGUCAUGGUUCGCGGCGCAGCCAUCGUCAACGUCUCCAGCAUUGCCGGGUUGAGUGGGCGACAGGGCCUGGGUUCUUAUUCUACGAGCAAGCAUGGAGUGGUCGGCGUCACCAGGACAGCGGCUAAGGAUGUGGGAGCGAAGGGGAUCCGAGUCAACGCGGUCGCACCCGGUCCUAUUGAAACACCUAUGUUGCGAAGAGUGCUCAAUGACACUGGAGUCGCGAGCGGAACCGGAAACGAGGUUGAUCCCUUGGCGGACAUCUACGCCAAUGUGCCCUUGAAGCGCCUGGGUCAGCCUGAGGAAGUGGCCAAGGUUAUCGCCUUCCUGCUCAGCGAUGAUGCGAGCUAUAUCACAGGACAGGUGUACCCUGUGGAUGGAGGUGCGACUUGUUGA